AUGGUUGCACUAAGAUGUACCAUUGUGGAUUUUUUGGUCCUCAUAUGCUUAAGCUUAAGCAGUGCCAGGGUACUUGAGGACACCGAUAGUUACAAAAUACCCAAAGGCCAUCCUUCUAGUAAAACAUUUGGAGGAGAACAUAAUGCUUGGGGGGUUGGUACCGGCAUUAGCUUUGGUAGUGGCAAUGGCUCUAGUGGUAAGGGAUUAGGAACUGACAUUGGCUUUAGCAGUGGUAGUGGCAGCUUUAGUCAGCGAGUAGGAACUGGCUAUGGCUUUGGUGGUCAGGAGUUUGAAGUUGGCUAUGGCUCUGGUAGUGGUGGUGGUUCUGGUGGCCAGGGAAUAGGAACUAGCUAUGGUUCUGACAGUCAGGGAUUUGGACUUGGCUAUGGCUCUAGUGGUAGCAGUGGUUCUAGUGGUCAAGGAAUAGGAACUGGCUAUGGCUUUGGUGGUCAGGGGUUUGGAACUGGCAUUGGCUUUGGUAGCGGUAGCAGUUUUGGUGGUCAAGGAGUAGGAAUUGCCUAUGGCUAUGGCAAUGGUGGUGGCUUUGGUGAUCAAGGGGGAGGAGUUGGUGUUGGCUUUGGUAGUGGUUUUGGUGGUCAAGGAGUAGGAAGUGGCUAUGGUUCUGGUGGACAAGGGAUAGGAGCUGGUUGGGGGACUGGCAUUGGGUCUGGAGGAGGUAGUCAAUUUGGACCAGAAUUUGGUGCUGGAGGGGGUUAUGGCGCAAGAGGUGGAGCUGGUUUUGGUUCAAAUAUUGGAGUUGGAUUCGGGCAUAAACUUAAUAGUAACAUGAAAAAUCAAGGUUUUGGAGCUUGUCCUCCUAAUGGGGUAUUCCACCUGAUUGCGAUGGCUUUCAACCUCCUGCAUCUAGAUGCGGUGGCUGUCAAACCCCUAUUUUUGGACCACGUUGUUAACCUUCUCCAUGUCAAUGCAACAAUCCUCCGAGCAUCCCUCCGGGCAUAG